AUGUUGGGAAAAUUUUCAGAGCAUAUACAAAUAAAUGUACCAGCAAGUGAAGUUUGGAAUCUCUAUGGUACUUUUAAAAUGGCAAAUUUUCUCGUUAAAAAACUCCCACACAUUGUUGAAAAAGUUGAGUUGAUUGAAGGCAAUGGUGGAGCUGGUUCACUUCUGAAAGUUAGUUUACCUGGAAAUGCACCGUACAAAGAGAAAUAUGUGUUAGUGGAUGAUGAAAAAAGAGUGAAGGAAAUAGAGAUUGUUGAAGGUGGAUUUCUUGAUCUUGGAUUCAAUUUCUAUGGAAUUAAAUUUGAAAUUAUAGAGAAUGAUGAGAAUUCAAGCAUCAUCAAACUUACAACUAAUUUUGAGACUAAAGAUGUUGAAAAAAUUCAUCAUACUAUUGGCAACUUCCAAGCCUUAGUUGCCAUCAUGAAAGCUUCUGCUGAUUAUCUUAAGAAAUAA